AUGACCCACAGGACGAAGUCUUCAGGCUGGCCACCUCCCUCGGGAACCUGGGGCUUGAACCAGGUCCCGCCCUAUGGAUGGGAGAUGACGGCGAGCCGGGAUGGCCGGGACUGCUUCAUCAGUCACAUGACACAGGCAAUCCCAUUUGAUGACCCCCGGUUGGACAGCUGCCAGAUCAUUCCCCCGGCCCCGCGGAAGGUGGAGAUGCGGAGGGACCCCGUCCUGGGAUUCGGCUUCGUGGCGGGGAGUGAAAAGCCAGUGGUCGUUCGCUCAGUGACACCAGGUGGCCCCUCGGAAGGCAAGCUGAUCCCGGGAGAUCAGAUCGUAAUGAUUAAUGAUGAGUCAGUCAGCGCUGCGCCGAGGGAGCGGGUCAUCGAUCUGGUCAGAAGCUGCAAAGAAUCGAUACUGCUGACUGUCAUCCAGCCUUACCCUUCUCCCAAGUCAGCGUUCAUUAGUGCUGCAAAGAAGGCCAGAUUAAAGUCCAACCCCGUGAAAGUGCGCUUCUCCGAGGAGGUCAUCAUCAACGGGCAGGUGUCGGAAACUGUUAAGGACAAUUCGCUUCUGUUUAUGCCAAAUGUGUUGAAAGUCUAUCUGGAAAACGGGCAGACCAAGUCCUUCCGCUUUGACUCGAGCACCUCCAUAAAGGUGACACAGCGGCCCAGCUCCCACAAGAUGAGGUGUCUUUUCCGAAUCAGCUUCGUGCCGAAGGAUCCGAUCGACCUGUUACGGAGGGACCCGGUUGCUUUUGAAUAUCUCUACGUGCAGAGUUGUAAUGAUGUCGUACAGGAGCGAUUUGGGCCGGAGCUGAAAUACGACAUAGCCCUGCGGCUGGCGGCCUUGCAAAUGUACAUCGCAACCGUUACCACCAAGCAAACGCAGAAAAUCUCUCUCAAAUACAUCGAAAAAGAGUGGGGAUUAGAGACGUUCCUUCCCUCGGCUGUGCUGCAGAGCAUGAAAGAGAAGAACAUAAAGAAGGCACUUUCACACCUUGUCAAAGCAAAUCAAAACUUGGUACCACCCGGCAAAAAGCUCUCUGCCCUGCAAGCCAAGGUCCAUUAUCUCAAGUUCCUCAGUGACCUUCGUCUGUAUGGGGGCCGUGUGUUCAAGGCAACACUAGUGCAGGCAGAAAAGCGCUCAGAAGUGACCCUCCUGGUGGGGCCCCGAUAUGGCAUAAGCCAUGUCAUAAACACCAAAACCAACCUGGUGGCUCUCUUAGCUGACUUCAGCCAUGUGAAUAGGAUCGAGAUGUUUACCGAAGAGGAGAGCUUGGUGAGGGUGGAGCUCCAUGUGCUGGACGUGAAGCCCAUCACGCUGCUGAUGGAAUCAUCAGACGCCAUGAACUUGGCCUGCUUAACAGCUGGAUACUACCGGCUACUUGUGGAUUCCAGGAGGUCCAUCUUUAACAUGGCCAACAAGAAAAAUGCCGGGACCCAGGAAACAGGAACUGAAAAUAAAGGAAAGCUUAACAUCCUUGGCCCUGAUUGGAACUGUAUACCCCAAAUGACCACCUUUAUUGGCGAAGGGGAGCAAGAAGCCCAGAUAACAUAUAUAGAUUCCAAACAGAAGACGGUGGAGAUUACGGAUGGCACCUCGUGUCCAAAAGACCACCGGCACGUGUACAUCGCCAACACCUAUAAUCCCGAUGAACUCAACCCUCAGCUGGCGCAGCCGGGAGACGCUCCGUGUGAGGCCGACUACAGAAGCCUCGCUCCGCGGUCUCUGUUGACCUUCUCAGGCCCAGAAACUCUCAAGAAAGCACAGGAGUCUCCGAGAGGAGCCAAAGUGUCCUUCAUUUUUGGAGAUCUCGCCAUGGACGAGGGGAGCAGCCCCCCAGCUCUCAGCUACGACAGACUCUUGGACGAGAAUCCGGAGCUGCUGGAGAAGCAGGCGAAUCUGUACAUGAGAAGUGCCAACGACAUGAAGAACCUGGACCUCGCCCCCGACGCGGAGAACAUCCCGUUUGGGGAAAACUCCGUGUACGCGAACAUCGGCGACGUGAAGAGCUUCGAGGCCGCCCCGGGCAUCGAGGAGCCCCUUCUCCAUGACAUUUGCUACGCGGAAAACACCGACGAUGCGGAGGACGAGGACGAGGUGAGCUGUGAGGAGGACCUCAUGGUGGGCGAGAUGAACCAGCCCGCCCUCCUCAACCUGUCUGGCUCAAGCGACGACAUCAUUGACCUCACGUCCCUGCCGCCUCCAGAAGGGGAUGACAACGAGGACGACUUCCUGCUGCGGUCCUUGAACAUGGCCAUCGCCGCGCCCCCGCCUGGCUUUCGAGAUAGUUCGGACGAGGAGGACUCUCAGAGCCAGGCGGCCUCCUUCCUCGACGGCAAGGAGCCGGGCGGCGGCCUGCAAAACGACGAGAUCCCCGUGUCCCUCAUCGACGCGGUGCCCACCAGCGCCGAGGGGACGUGCGACAAGGGACUGCCUAAGCCCGCCGUCUCCCCGCUGGGAGCUCUGGGAGCUCUGUCCGUGUCAGAGGAACAGCAGACCAGUAACAAUUCAGGUGUAGCCAUCUUGAGGGCUUAUAGCCCCGAGUCUUCCUCAGACUCGGGCAAUGAGACUAACUCUUCCGAAAUGACGGAGAGCUCUGAGCUGGCCACGGCGCAGAAGCAGUCCGAGACCCUGUCCCGCAUGUUCCUGGCCACGCCCGAAGGCUACCACCCCCUCGCCGAGGAGCAGACCGAGUUCUCCGCCUCCAAGGCCCCGGCCGCGGCCUUGCCCCCCAAGGCCUCCCACGCCCUGGCCGCCCGGCCCGUGCCCGUGACCGUGACCGACGGGCCGUCCAAAGUCGUGCCUUCCAAGCAGAUCCUGCACUCAGACCACAUGGAGAUGGAGCCCGAGACGAUGGAGACCAAGUCGGUCACGGACUAUUUCAACAAACUGCACCUGGGCUCGCUGGCGUAUUCCUGCACCAGCAAGAGGAAAAGCAAGCUGGCCGACGGGGAGGGGAAAGCGCCCGCGAGUGGGAACGCGCCAGGGAAGAAGCAGCCGGGGGCCAAGUCCGCCGAGGCCGAGGAGGACGCCAAAGGUAAAUUUGGGACCGUGUCUUCCAGGGACGGGCCGCACCUGGCGCUUUUUAACCUGGAGAGAACUGCCUUCCGCAAGAACAGCCAGCGAUGGUACGUGGCCACGGAGGGCGGGGCGGCUGACAAAGGUGGCCUGGAAGCAGCCACGGGGAUCUUUUCCACGCGCUUCCUGGGUCUGGGGCCACGGGGAGGGCCGAAGGGAAGGAAGGAAAGGGGCUCCCGCGUGGGGAAGGCCCCUGAGGUUUCAGGACUGGGCCAGCGGGACCACUUCUUAACUGACGCGACCUGUGUCCCUUCAGCCAAAGACUUAGACCACCCAGGGGAUGCCGACCCGUCGACCUGUGACCGUCCCUCCCAGCUGCCGGCGCGGGAGGAGAGCGUGGCCCAUCUCUGUGACUACCACUUGGCCAAGCGGAUGUCAUCGCUGCAGAGGGAGGGCCAUUUUUCUCUCCAGAGCUCUCAAGGCUCUUCGGUGGACGCGGGCUGCGGCACGGGCAGCAGCGGCAGCCCCUGCCCCACCCCCCGGGAGGCCCCGCUUCUGCGCUCCGCGGGCAAAGGCGGGCCUUACGGCCUCCGAAGAGAGAGCCCCCGGGCUGCCCAGCACGGAGCCCCCUUUAAGGAAUCACACCCUCAGCCGGAAGGGGUGUGUCCCCGGAUGACAGUGCCUGCCCUGCACACAGCCAUUAAUGCUGAACCCCUGUUUGGGACUUUGAGAGAUGGAUGUCAUCGACUCCCCAAGAUUAAGGAAACCACAGCAUCCCAGGCCUACGGAGAGGCUGUGAGCUGGCAGCCACUGGAUCUGAGAGGGGAGAGCCAUGGGACACCCCCCAGCCAGAGGGCUCUGAGACGUAGCAGCAGCGUCCUCUCAGGAUGUGUAGGUUUGGAGACCUUCCGAGAGAGAACCAAGGGUACAGUCAGCUUAAAGUGUCCAGGUGUCACAGAAGAAGCACAGGAGGCCACUUCAGAAAGGCGAGCAGAACUCCCCCUGGGAAAGAAGCUCACCAAAAGUUUUUCCCAAAGCUCGAUGCACUUUAGCCCCGACGGGAAGGCCCACAAAAGGUCCCCGGUGGCUCACAAAGACUCAAAGCUGUAUAAGACAUUGCCUUUGAGGAAGCUGGAGGGCAGCAAUUGGAGAUGCCGGGGACCUUUCAGCUACUGCUUCCUAAACCGAGGGCAGGAUGAAGAUGAGGAUGAGGAUGAAGAGGAGGGAGCACCCACCCACCGGGUCUCUUGCCUCUUUCCACUACAGAUGACUAAAGCCAUGCCGGAACCAACCAGCCCACCCCUGGCUGUUGGGAUUCAGAAGCAAGAAGGGGAGCUGUCCAGGUGUCCAGUGCUGAAGGUCUGGGCCGAAGACCUGAGUGGCCCGGACGACACGGACUUCAGCAACCUGGCUUUUGAUGCCCGGAUUGCAAGAAUAAGUGCCCUAAAGCAGAGCACAUAUGCAAUGCCCGAUGGGUUCCUCGCAGCCCAAAAUGAUGCCAAUGAGCUGCUCUGCCUUGUCAGGGCAACCAAGGGGAAGAGAGAGGAGUCACGCCCUGAAGCAUAUGACCUUACACUUUCUCAGUACAAGCAACUGUUGUCCAUUGAGUCCAGACAGUUAGGAAGUGCCUGUAGGAAAAUGGCAAUGGCCGAGAAAAGCCCAGAGGAGAUGCUCGUAGCUAUGACUUCCAGCUUUCAAGUGCUCUGUUGCCUAACAGAAGCUUGCAUGCGAUUAGUGAAAGUCGUGAGCUCCGAAACACAGCGGCAGGAAAUUGUAGUGAAGAUCGAUGAAGUGGUCAUAAACUACAUUUGUCUCCUGAAGGCUGCCGAGGCAGCCACAGGAAAGACCACUGGGGAUCCCGGUGUCGGGCUGUCGACGCGACCUUCAACCACCAUGGCCGCCCUUGGCUACUUCCUCUGGGACAGCUUCAUCCUUUUCAUCACAGCCACCGCGGUGAUUUCUGUCGCGCUGCACACGGUGACUGAUUAUUUCUUAUCUUUGGCCAAGACCCACUUCAACAUUUUCAACAAGCGCUGCGUGGAGAUCGGUGAAAGCGUGAGAGGGGAGGAUGUGUACAUCAUCCAGAGCGGCUGCGGGGAGAUCAAUGACAACCUGAUGGAGCUCCUCAUCAUGAUCAACGCCUGCAAGAUCGCGUCGUCGUCCCGGGUGACCGCCGUGAUCCCAUGCUUCCCCUACGCCCGCCAGGAUAAGAAGGACCGGCUCUGGGAUUGA